GCCGUGUUGUCCCGCGUCUCUCGUCCCUGGUCUCCCGCGAUGCUUAGGCCAGACCCGGGCACUUCCCUUGUCUGAGACGGGAGGCACAGAACGGAGACCAUGGCGGAGCCCUCGGAGCCCGGGCAGCAGGCGGCAGCGGGCGGCGGGAGUCCGGAGGAGGAGGAGGACGAGGACGAGGAGCGGGAGCCGCUGCUGCCGCGGAUCGCCUGGGCCCAGCUGCGAAAAGUCGCCCCGGGGAGCGCCGUGAGGCUGAUAGAGCCUGCCGAGGAGGCGGGCGCGGCCUCCCCUCCCAAGGCCCCCGACGGAAAACUGCUACUCCCGCUCGGGAGCGCGACCUGCAGCCCCUCCCGGAACCGAGCGCCCUUCCAGAGCUCGCCCAGCCACCGGUCCGGCUUCGCGUGCUCAGUAAGUGGUAUUACUUCAGAGAUGAAUACGUUCUUGGAUGACCCAGAAUUUGCUGAUAUUAUAUUAAGAGCAGAGCAAGCAAUAGAAUGUGGAGUUUUUCCAGAAAGAAUCUUUCAAGGUUCAAGUGGAAGUUACUUUGUGAAGGAUCCUAAGAGGAAAAGCAUUGGUGUGUUUAAACCCAAAUCGGAAGAGCCUUAUGGUCAACUAAAUCCAAAAUGGACCAAAUAUGUUCAUAAGGUCUUCUGCCCUUGCUGCUUUGGUCGAGGCUGCCUGCUUCCUAACCAGGGAUACCUUUCUGAAGCUGGUGCCUACCUUGUAGAUGAGAAGCUUCAUCUGGGCAUUGUACCUAAAACAAGGGUGGUUUGGCUGGUCAGUGAGACAUUUAACUACAGUGCAAUUGACCGUGCAAAGUCAAGAGGCAAAAAGUAUGCUUUAGAGAAAGUGCCAAAAGUAGGUAGAAAAUUUCAUCGGAUAGGACUUCCUCCUAAGAUUGGUUCCUUCCAGUUAUUUGUUGAAGGUUACAAGGAGGCUGAAUAUUGGCUUAGGAAAUUUGAAGCUGACCCUUUGCCUGAAAAUGUUAGAAAGCAAUUUCAGUCACAGUUUGAAAGAUUAGUUGUUUUGGAUUACAUCAUCAGAAAUACAGACAGAGGAAAUGAUAAUUGGUUAAUCAAAUAUGAAAAGCAGAAGGAAGUUGACAGUAAGGAAACAAAAUGGACUGAUGAUAAAGAAUCUCUUAUUAAAAUAGCUGCAAUUGACAAUGGUCUAGCAUUUCCUUUUAAACAUCCUGAUGAGUGGAGAGCAUAUCCAUUUCACUGGGCUUGGCUUCCUCAAGCAAAAGUUCCUUUUUCGGAAGAAAUAAGAAACUUGGUUCUACCAUGUAUUUCUGACAUGAAUUUUGUGCAAGAUUUAUGUGAAGAUCUUUAUGAACUUUUUAAGACUGACAAAGGUUUUGACAAGGCCACCUUUGAAAGUCAGAUGUCUGUGAUGAGGGGUCAGAUCUUGAACCUUACUCAGGCAUUGAGAGAUGAGAAGAGUCCCGUUCAGCUAGUACAGAUGCCUUGUGUGAUUGUGGAACGAAGUCAAAGUGGAGGUCAGGGUCGGAUCAUCCACCUCAGCAAUGCAUUUACUCAGACUGUUCAUUGCAGGAAACCCUUUUUUUCCUCCUGGUAGCAGAUGUUAAGAGUGAAAGAAGCAAAUUGUUAUCUCUGGGUUGGCAUGAUUGUGUCAGAACAAUACAGUAAUGUAAAUC